AUGUUAAAUCUUUCAGACACCAACUUAUCAGGAGAAAUCCCCGACUUAAUCGGCCAUCUCAAGUCUUUGAUUAGCUUGGAUCUCUCACACACCAACUUAUCAGGAGAAAUACCCGACUCAAUCGGCCAUCUCCAGUCUUUGAUUCAAUUGGGUCUCUCAGACACCAACUUAUCAGGAGAAAUCCCCGACUCAAUCGGCCAUCUCAAGUCUUUGAAUUUAUUGGAUCUCUCGAACGCCAACUUAUCAGGAGAAAUACCUGACUCAAUUGGUCAUCUCAAGUUUUUGGAUUACUUGGAUUUGCAUUCCAACCGUAUUCAAGGGUCAUUCCCUCCAUCAAUUUGCAACACGAGUUAUCUAUCGUAUUUGGAUAUGUCCAAUAAUAAAUUUGAUGGAGAGAUUCCACAAUGCUUAGGUAAUAUGAGUUGGAGCCUAGCGAUGGUAGACCUGGGAAACAAUAAUUUUCAUGGCACCAUUCCAAAUACAUGGGAUGAUUGUGGUAAAUUAGAAGGACUUAUUUUGAAUGGAAACUCAUUAGAAGGAGAGGUGCCAAAUGGGUUGUCUGAAUGUAAAUCCUUGAAAGUGCUUGAUUUGGGAAACAACCACUUAACUGGUACAUUCCCUCACUGGUCAGCUAAUCUUCAACAUCUCCAGGUUCUUGUUCUCAAAUCCAACAAGUUGCAUGGUCCCAUAGAAACCUCAUCAGUCAUUAAACACCCAUUUUUGAGUCUCAAAGUGCUCGACUUAUCUCAAAACAAGUUCGUUGGCCAUCUCCCUGGAAAUUAUUUUCAAAAUUUUGACGUGAUGAAGAACAGGGGGGUUAAGAACCGCACAAAACCGGAAUAUUUGGACAUUGGCAAGUUGUACUCUAUCACUGUUGCGGUGAAAGGUUCGGAACUUUCAUUUACAAAAAUUUCGGUUGACUACACAAUUGUUGAUCUAUCCAAUAACAUAUUUGAAGGAGAGAUUCCAAACGCUAUUGGUAGUCUUAUCUCUUUGAUAGUGCUCAACUUAUCCCACAACAACAUCAACGGUCGAAUCCCAUAUGCUCUAGGAAAUCUCAUAGAGAUCGAGUCGUUAGACCUAUCAUGUAACCAACUAAAAGGAGAGAUCCCUCAAAGUCUUGCCUUUAUCACGGAUCUUGAAGUCUUAAAUCUCUCGCAAAACCAUCUUGUGGGUCGCAUUCCUGAUGGAACACAGUUCAGGACAUUUGAAGCAACCUUAUUCGAUGGGAAUCCGGGACUAUGUGGGUUUCCGCUGCCCAAACAGUGUGAACAUCUGAGUGCCCCACAGCUUGAAAUCGAUGAAGACGAGGAGAGUGGAUUUACAUGGAAAGUGGUGAUGUUGGGAUAUGGAUGUGGAACCUUACUUGGAUUGGGGAUGGGAUAUAUGAUGUUGUCAACGGGAAGACCAAAGUGGUUCAAUGCAAUUGCUGAUGAAAUAGAGCAUAUGAUCAUGCAGAGACGGAAGAAGAGAAGACAUGUUUAUAUCGGAAAAUGAAAUCAAUUCCUUAACUAACUGGUAGUGUGAUGAAGUUUGAGAUGUUUUGAAUUAUGCAAGUUCAGAGCAUGAUUUGAAAUAUGAUGGAGCCAGAUUGGACAUGGUCUUAGAGUCGUGCAAUUUCUUUUGUUGUUUUCUGCAUCUUUACCUUUUUCCACUUUCUUGAUUUUUGUAGACAUGUGUUUUACUUGAUUUGAAAACUUCUUGUGAAAUACAUAAGCAUCAUCAUAGAAACAGGUUUUGUUCC